AAUACGAACUGGAAUAUUAAAUGGAACGUUUCAGAUGCUUACAGCCCGAAAACUGUUCCAUAGUCUUCUAACUUCAGUUGUUCCAUUAGGUUAACUUCCGUUUUGAAUGCUCCCUUUUGAAAUCGGCUAGUAUGUUUGGCAAGAUUUGACAGAAUUCAGGAGUAAAAGUUUGUUCCAAUCCAAGUGCGUUUAGUGGAGACAGGUAGUUGAACCACUGUUGAUGAUGGAAUUUCUGAAGAACUGUAUACUUAGAAAAAAUGCGUGCACUGCAAUUCACUUCUGGAGAAGUAAAAUUGUACAAAAGACUUCAGUCGUUAGAAAGAUUAGUACUACCUCUCCAAAGUGCAGUGUCAUGCCCGCUUGGGUUAUAGAUAAAUAUGGGCAGAACGAAGUGCUUCGAUUUACUCAGAACAUGAUGAUACCCAUCAUACACUAUCCAAAUGAAGUCAUUAUCAAAGUCCAUGCUGCGAGUGUAAAUCCUAUAGAUAUUAAUAUGAGAAGUGGUUAUGGAGCUACAGCUUUAAAUAUGAAGCGUGACCCCUUACAUAUCAAAACCAAAGGAGAGGAAUUUCCUCUGACUCUGGGUCGGGAUGUCUCUGGUGUGGUGAUGGAGUGUGGUCUUGAUGUGAAGUACUUCAAACCUGGAGAUGAGGUCUGGGCUGCAGUUCCUCCAUGGAAACAAGGCACUUUCUCAGAGUUUGUUGUAGUCAGUGGGAAUGAGGUCUCUCAUAAACCCAGAUCACUCAGUCAUACUCAAGCUGCUGCUUUGCCGUAUGUGGCUCUCACAGCCUGGUCUGCCAUAAACAAGGUUGGCGGCCUGAAUGACAAGAACUGUACAGGAAAGCGCGUUUUAAUCCUGGGUGCUUCCGGUGGAGUUGGUACUUUUGCUAUACAGGUAGUGAAAGCGUGGGGUGCUCAUGUGACAGCAGUUUGCUCUCAGGAUGCCAGUGAACUUGUACGGAAACUUGGGGCAGAUGAUAUAAUUGAUUACAAAUGUGGAAACGUGGAGGCGCAAUUGAAGUCCUUAAAACCGUUUGAUUUUAUCCUUGAUAAUGUUGGUGGAUCCACUGAAACAUGGGCUCUAAAUUUUCUUAAGAAAUGGUCAGGAGCCACAUAUGUGACUUUGGUGACUCCUUUCCUCCUGAACAUGGACCGACUAGGCAUAGCAGAUGGCAUGUUGCAGACAGGAUUCACCGUGGGCUCUAAGGCGUUAAAGCAUUUCUGGCAAGGAGUCCAUUAUCGCUGGGCCUUUUUCAUGGCCUGUGGUCCAAGUCUAGACAAAAUUGCAGAACUGGUGGAUGCGGGAAAGAUUCGGCCAGUUAUUGAGCAAACCUUUCCUUUUUCUAAAGUUCCAGAAGCCUUCCUGAAGGUAGAAGGAGGACAUGCACGUGGAAAGACUGUCAUUAAUGUAGUUUAAAUAAACGCUCAGUUUAGUGA